AAGAAGAAGAAGAUCAUAAAUGGAGUUUGAAAAUGAUAAUGAUGAAUCCAUGAGACUUGAGAUGUCUUCUUGUCAAAGAAAGAAUGGUAGAGGAAAGAUUGAAAUCAAACGGAUCGAAAACACGACUAAUCGACAAGUAACAUUCUGCAAACGUCGUAAUGGAUUGCUCAAGAAAGCCUAUGAAUUGUCUGUUCUUUGUGAUGCUGAAGUUGCCCUAAUCGUCUUUUCAACCCGCGGCCGUCUCUACGAGUAUGCAAAUAACAGUGUGAGAGCAACAAUUGAUAGGUACAAGAAGGCAAACUCAGACUCAACCCAUACUGGCUCAGUUGCUGAAGCUAAUGCACAGUAUUAUCAACAAGAAUCUUCAAAACUGCGUGCCCAGAUUAGCAACUUGCAGAAUUCAAACAGACACAUGUUGGGUGAGGGAAUUACAACAAUGCCACUUAGGGAUUUAAAGAAUCUUGAAAAUCGUUUGGAGAAGGGAAUUAGCAGGAUCAGAUCUAAGAAGGUAUUAAUUAUAAUAUCAACUAAUUAACAAGCUAGCUAAUUAACUAACUUGCAUUUCUCGUUACAGAAUGAACUUCUUCUUGCUGAAAUCGAGUUCAUGCGAAAACGGGUAAUUAAUUUAACAGAUUCUCCUGAUUCCAAUUCAAACAUCUAGCCCGGUUUUUAAUUU